AUGGCAUCUCCGUCUUCGAGCACGAUUUUCGCCGCUCCACCUUCUCUUUCCCUCAGCAUCGCCAUGUUCAAGCCAACACAGUCCCUGUUCUCGGGUCUUCUCUGGAAGACCCCAUGGCGUCUGUCCUCGCCCCAGAAGGCCCGGCAGCGCAAGCGCCUGCGCAACGUCGACAAGGUUGUCGAUACCGUUAGUGCAGCUCUCGCGCGUCAAAACCAAACCACCAAGGCUGUCGAGAGAUGGUACGCCGAGAUGCCGCGGGAGGAGGAGAUGCUUCCCAAAGACAAGUACACCAUCUUCGACAAGAAGGAGAAGACCUACCGGAAGAGCAUUCACAGUAUGGCGAGCCCCCAGGAUUCAUUCCUCACCCUGUCCUAUGAACCUUGCUAA